AUUGCCAGUAUUGGGACUGGCCUCUACAACAUACCGACGACUUCGUAAGUGUAGUGGAAGAUUCUACACAUUUUGAAGUUGAUCUGGAUGCAAAAUAUUUUUCACCGAAGGAAAUAAAGGUCAAUCAUCCUCUUUUGCUUUUCUUGGGCGUAGAUAGAUCGAGAAAAUUUAAGGUUAAAACUAUGGGAGAUUUGAUUCAAAUUCAAAUGGAACACGAAGAGCGCGUCAAUGCAACGGAUCCAGGGCUAGCUGUGCAUCAAAAAUUCAGUGAGCAUUCCAACGCUCCGUAA